AUGCAGGUUCUCUCAUUCUGCCACAGAACCGGAGCCAGAUGCUCUCUGCCUGGUUUGAUUGUCUUCUUCAUUACUUGUUCUGUUCACAAGUUGCAAUCAGCUCAUUUUAAAGUGGUUGGACCUGACCAGCCUGUCACUGCCACUGUGGGAGAAGAGUUUGUGUUACCCUGUCACCUGUCCCCCAGGCUGAGCGCUGAGAACAUGGAGGUGACGUGGUUCCGGUCCCAGCUUUCUCCAUUUGUUCAUCGCUAUAGUGAUGGAAAGGACCAGUAUGGGCAGCAGAUGCCAGAAUAUCAGGGGAGGACAGAGCUCUUGAAAGAUGGUCUCACCAGUGGGAGUGUUGCCUUGAGAAUUUUCAGUAUCAGACCUUCUGAUGAAGGACAGUACAGCUGUUUUGUUCAAGAUGGUAUUGAUUAUGAAGAAACCCUAUUGGAACUAAAUGUGGCAGCUUCAGGCUCUGCUCCUCACAUUUCUGUCGAGGAUUAUCAGGAAGGUGGAAUCCGGUUGGUGUGUCGAUCAUCUGGGUGGUACCCAGAGCCUGAAGUGCUGUGGAGAGAUCCCAGUGGACAGCAUUUACCAUCACUCUCUGGAACAAAUUCCCAAGAAGUCAAUGAGCUGUUUGAAAUAGAAAAUUCUAUCAUUAUUACAGAGAAUUCACACAAGAACUUGUCAUGUGUAGUCAGGAACACUCACACCAACCAUCAAAAGGAAUCAACAUUGUUCUAUAUAUCAGAUGCUUUUUUCCCAAUGACGAAUCCCUGGAUGGUGGCUCUGUGCGUGAUCCUGGUGGUGCUGGCUGGUUUCAUUGGCCUCACUAUUUAUCUAUUUAAAAUAAAAGGUGUGACCACCAAAGAGACCUUGACUCUGGAUCCAGACACAGCUCAUCCCCAGCUCGUCCUGUUUGAGGAAUGGAAAAGUGUGAGACGGAGAGAUACAUGGCAGGAUCUGGACAACAAUCCUGAGAGAUUUGAAUAUGAGCGCUGUGUGCUGGGCUGUGAGGGCUUCACCUCAGGGAGACAUUACUGGGAGGUGGAGGUUGGGGGUGGGGAAUACUGGGCCGUGGGGGUUGCCAGAGAGUCUGUGAAGCGGAAAGGAGAGAUCAUUUUUGAAACUGAGGAGGGGAUCUGGGCUGUGGGCUAUUGGGGGAGUCAGUACCUGGCUGCCACCUCCCCUCGCUUCCCAUUGUUCCUAAAAUGGGUCCCCAGGAGGAUCCGGGUUUAUCUGGACUAUGAAGUGGGGCAGGUGGCAUUUUUUGAUGCUGAUAGAGGGGUCCUGAUAUUUGCUUUCCCACCAUCUUUCUUUGCUGGGGAAAGAAUCCACCCCUGGCUCUGGGUCUGGGAUACAGAAUCCCAACUCAGACUGUGUCCCUGA